UUCUUCCACUCUUCCUCUCGUAAUCUCUCUCUCUCUCCCUCUCAGGCUUUCCCUAUUCUCACUUCCUCCAUCUACACCUCCCAUUUCUCUCUUUGUGUCACCGCCCCCCACCCCCCCUCUCUCUCUCUCCGGCACUGGGCGUCGUAUUAUCAGGGGAGGUAUACGGCCAUGUGUGCCCCUCCCUCCUUGUCUGGAUAAUAGCGGGUGUGAAGUGGAUUUGAACUUGCAGCCGCUGCUGAGAGGUGGAAGAGGUCCGAGCUGCACACAUCUGUUAGAGAGGAGCUGCUGGAACAAGCCUGUCGCACUCGGUUGGCUUUGGGAAAUUUCUUUUGGAAGAGUUUGAAGUGAUAAAACUAACCACAGCAACUGGAUCUUUGGGGUCUGUUUUUUCUUCUUAGGAUUAAAGAUUGUGUUGAGAUGAUUCCACACGUCCUCACACACCUGCUCUGCUUCGUGUGUCUGAGCGCUGCUCGUCCUCAACCAGGAUCCUGUUUUCCAGCGCCGCCACCCUCGAUGACCAUGCAGAAGAACCCGCCUGCUUCGACCGGCUCUCUGGCCGGCCGGGUGGUGCUGCCGUGCCACUUCUCCAUCGCGCUGCCGCUUCCCCCCAGCAGUUCGCCACACGCUCCGUCAUACCCCGCACGACCCCCAGCUCCUCACACCACCCCGAGUCCCGCAGAGGAGCUGAGGAUCAAGUGGUCGAAGCUGGAGGAAGCGGAGGAGAAGGUGGUACUGGUGGCGCAGGGGGGCGUGGUAAAGGUGGGGCAGGACUACAUGCACAGGGUGACGGUGCCCGGCCAGCCGCUGUUGCUAGGCGACGCCUCCCUGGUGAUGGAGCGGCUCCGGGCGAGCGACGCGGGGCUUUACCGCUGUGAGGUGAUGCACGGGAUGGAGGACACCCAGGACACCGUCACACUCAACGUCACCGGUGUGGUGUUUCACUACAGAGCCAACAGCAGCCGCUACACUCUGGAUUUUCCUGUCGCUGUGGAGGCGUGCAGAAACGCAGGAGCAUCCAUCGCUACGCCCGAACAACUCACUGCUGCUUUUGAGGACGGCUUGGACCGCUGUGAUGCAGGCUGGCUCGCCGACCAGUCAGUAAGAUACCCAAUCACAUUGCCCCGUCCCGGCUGUGAAGGUAAUCUGAUGAGCAGACCCGGGGUGAGAACGUACGGCGUCCGCGACCCUGCGGAGAAAUACGACGUGUACUGCUACGUCGAUAAAAUACAAGGCGACGUCUUCUACCCCCCCUCCGUCAGAGAUAAGCUCACCCUGCAGCAGGCCCGAGACGAGUGCGUGAAGCACGACGCCGUGUUGGCGUCUCCCGGUCACCUGUACGCAGCCUGGAGGUCCGGGCUGAACCGCUGCGACUACGGCUGGCUGUCGGACGGCAGCGUGCGCUACCCGGUCACCGUCCCCAGGCCUCAGUGCGGAGGAAACCAGCUCGGGGUUCGCACGCUCUACAAGUAUGAAAACCAAACCGGCUACCCAAACCCCAACGACAGGCACGGACUUUUCUGCUUCAAGGCUAAACUUCCAGAGCCAACUACCACAAGUCCACCGACGACCCGGGUUGAAAUUCAAACGAGAACCCCAGAUCCUGUCCCAUAUUCACCAACAGAGGGCCCGCACUUAGACCCCCACACUUCCCCUUACACCACAGCCUCCGGGACCCCCACCUCCACCCCCACCUCCACAUCAGACGACUACGAUGUUCGGGAUUUUGACUCAGCCAAUGUAGAGUCGGUGCCAGGUAGAGGAGACAAUUUGCUCCCCAUGGAGCUCCCUCCCUUGCCCACCGCCCACUCUCAGCCACCGCGCCUCGACAUCUCCCAGGGGGGAGACGAGGGAGGCCAGGGGGGGGCGGGCCGCAGCAGCAGCGAUGACGUCUCGAGUGGGACCCCGACACAGACACAGGUUUGGGCGGAAACCACAUCAAGACCAAGUUGGUUUCUUGGAGCUACCGCUGAGUCGGAGCUGGGGGUGGAAACUUCGAAGCCGUCACAGGUGCUAGAGAUCACCACAGAACGGGCCACCCCUGCACCGGGUUGGGAAACCACAUCGGGACCGUCGCAGCUUCAAGGGAUCACUCCGGAGGUCAACAGCCCAGAGCCAGGCCUGCCGGCCGGGAGCAGAGACAUGGGCGAACAAACAGCGGUUGUUUUCAAAGAGGAUGUCACCCCUGGAACCACAUCUGCGUUUGACCUCGACCAAUCACCGGCCGUUCUUGUAGAUGGGCAGUCUUCAGCCAAACUCCAUCUCAUCAUCGUUAAUGUGCACGAAAAAAACCAAUCAGUUGAAAACAUCCUGGACAUCUUGAACCGGCCGCAGAUGGUCGGCUUCCCUCAGAUCACUGACCUGUCACAGCUGAGAAGCGAGGCGGUCCAGGGCAGCGAGGCGGUCCAGGGCAGCGAGGCGGUCCAGGGCAGCGAGGCGGUCCAGGGCAGCGAGGCGGUCCAGGGCAGCGAGGCGGUCCAGGGCAGCGGAGAUGUGGAUUCUCUCGAGGUUUCUCCCAUCAACCUGCCUCCAACUGUCAGCUUCGUCAAUGGGAAACACGAGGUGACGUUAGAGUCGGGGCUGCCGGAGGAAGCCCGAGGAGAUCAGUUUGAGACGGCCACACCUGUUCGGGUAGAUGAGUUGGAAGAAAAGGAAGAAGACACGGAGAAGGAGAGCGCGACUCCCUUUGACUACAGUGUCAUAGAAACCCACACAGAGGAGACACCAGAAAAAGAGACACCCACAGAAGAGACAAGUGACAAAGUCCCUCAUCCUACAGACAUGAACCCGGACGUAGUAACAGACCUGGGCGUCGAUGUCUUUACUACCUCAGAGGCAGUCAAAUCUCAAGACCCAGGUGAUCAGACGGCAACAACGACCCCUUAUGUAGCCCCCGUCUCGUCCCCAUUGGACUCGGCUACCCCCGGCGUCUCCACCUACGAGGACACGGAAGGCUCUGCGAGCCGCGGCGCUGACGACAAGGUCGCCGGCGUGCAGCAGGAGGGCUCUGCGGACGACGCUUCGCCCACGCCGGCUGCAGGCGCCGUAGUCAUGACCGACGAGACCGAAAUCGGCGGGACGGAGCUUCCAACUGUCAUCCCCGACAUGCAGUCCCAGGAAACCACCGCGCAAACGCAAACGGAAGACUUUGAGGCGUCUGGCUCUGGGGAAGACGAAGCUUCGGGAUCAGGACAAGGCCCGGCAGAGACGCCCCGGUUAACCACUACGCCACCGCCGGUUUAUUCCACCCGUCACACCCAGCGGCCUCAAACUUCGGCGAGUUCAACAGACACAGAAGUGCCUCUAGUUUUACCGGUGGUCGACACGGUCACCGAUGCAGACUCAGGUGCGGAGCAGCUGUCCGGACAGGGGGAGGUUUCUGGGGAUCAGGGCGCUCCGGUUGGCCAUCCCAGAGAGGUCACUGUUACUGUUUCACCAGAUGUGGCAGCUGUGGCUUUUGGACACCAAACCACGCUCACCACAGACACAACCUCACAACCAAGCUCACCAAAAUAUCCCUUUGCUGCCACAGAUACGAAAGAUCCCGCUUUUAUCGCAGAGCUUCACGGAGAACAGACUGAGCAGUCCACCUCAAGCUCCCCGCGGUACGUAAGCCAGCCGACGCUCUCCACUACUUUGCCCUUGUACACUUUCGACCACGACACCCACUCCGUCCCGCAGUGGGCUCUGAUCCCUGACCCCGCUGCCACGCCCCUACCCGAGGAAGAGUUUGUGGACUACGACAAAGAGUUGGCGCCUAUUCUGCCGGAGUCGCCACCUCAGAAGCCAGACGAAACCCUCUCCACAGAGCAACCGGAGAACGACACGUUCUCGGCUUAUUCUGUGGAGGCGAGCACUGUGAACGUCGGAGAUUUCCUGCCAUGCUCGAGCAGUGUGUGUCAGAACGGAGGUUCCUGCUUCAAAAGAAAAGCCCAAAAUAUCUGCUUCUGUGCACCUGGAUACACCGGGCAGCACUGUGAAACUGAUGUGGAUGAGUGCCACUCUAACCCCUGUCUGAACGGAGCCACCUGUCUGGACGGAGUCGGCUCCUUCACCUGUCUCUGCCUGCCCAGCUACUCCGGAGAGCUCUGUGAACAAGACACUGAGGUCUGUGGAUUCGGUUGGCAGAAGUUCCAGUCCCACUGCUACAAGUACUUCUCCCACCGCCGGACGUGGGACGCUGCCGAGAGGGAGUGCCGGAUGCACGGCGCCCACCUGGCCAGCAUCCUGUCGCAGGAGGAGCAACUCUUCGUCAAUCGUCUGGGCAGCGACUACCAGUGGCUCGGCCUCAACGACAAGAUGUUCGAGAGAGACUUCAGGUGGACGGAUGGCAAGCCGAUGCAAUACGACCACUGGAGGCCGAACCAGCCCGACAGCUUCUUCCAGUCGGGAGAGGACUGCGUGGUGAUGAUCUGGCACGAGGGCGGCCAGUGGAACGACGUGCCCUGCAACUACCACCUGACUUUCACCUGCAAGAAGGGGACAGUCUCAUGUGGGCAGCCCCCUGUGGUGAAGGAUGCUCGCAUGUUUGGGACCGUGAAGCCUCGCUACGAGAUCAAUACCCUGCUCCGCUAUCACUGCAAACAGGGCUUCAUCCAGAGACACGCCCCCACGAUACGCUGCCGGGCCAACAGCCAAUGGGACACGCCCAAAGUCACCUGCACAAGCCCCGCGACCUACCACAAGUCGCUCACUCUCCGGCGCCGCAACAAGCAGAACAACGAGCAACCAAACCGGCACCAUAGCAAUCACAUCCAUCACGCCGCGACUCACCAGAAACCCAAUCAAAACCAAGAGCAGCAGCAGAGUUACAACUUCUUUCAACGCUUCUGGAACCCUUUCCAGAGGGAGAAGAGGCAACAGCCGCAAACACACAGCGGGGAUCAGAAGAGACACUGAUUUAGAGGGUUCAAG